AUGGGUAUUCGUCGAUUGUAUCGCAAGUGCCGUCAUCACCUUAAGAGGGAUGAGUCGGUGGUUGCCAACUACCACUCUGUUAAUGAUGGUGGAGUUGAGUCAAAGCCAAUGCCAACUGAUAAUUUGAGAAUUCGUCAAACCUGUUCAGUUGAGGACAUUCGUUCGUCUUAUCCCAACUGCCAAGCCUUUUUGACCAAGUAUGGUAGCAAACACCAAGCUCACAAAGAUCGAUCUCAUAUUGGAAUUAUUGAAAACCCUAGAUAUGCCUACCCUAACUGUGAAAAGUUGGCCUACUAUUCUAAACAUGGUGCUCACGGUAAAAUCUCCCAGGUAGACUCAACCAUUCGCCUUAAUAUUGAUAAUAGUAUGGGUUAUGACUCUGGUAAAGCUCCCUACUCACGAACUGGAUCAAUUGACUCCAAAGAAACACUUACUACGGAUAAUUUUGGACUUGAACAGACCGAUUAUGAGGAAUACAUUGCCAAGGAAAUAAGCUCUGGCCGUGGAACUAAAAACAUUAUAGUGCCUAACUCAGAGGUUGAAAUGGAUUCUAUAGUCUCUGCUGAAGCAGACAAUCUUCAUCGAAUUUGGAGCACUCCCACUCAAGUCUCUCUAGACAUCGUGGUGAACCAUGGCGGCAACAUACUUUGUGAGGUUGCACCUAUAGCCUCAAACUACCAUUCUGAUGACUCGUCUUGUAAAGAGUCUUCUAAUAUGGCAAUUCGCGAGGAGCCGUCAGACAUCUCAACAACUCAAACGGUAUUGAUUGAAGAGAAUCUUACUACCGAUAAACAAAUAUCACUUCCGGUUAAACCUGUUAGACCCAGGGUUUGCCCAUUUUUGUUGCAACCCGAAAUUGAUGAGAUGAUAGCAAAUGAGCGUGAAGGCUCAGUUAGUUCCUCGGUUUGCAACUCAAGCCAGUCAAUUGUUUCAGACACCUACGACCUGCCUACAGCCAUCUCAGGCAAUAUCUUGCAGGACGCUACUUGUGAGUACCCUCCACGUUUCGGAUCAGUCGAUGCCGCUUUAAAUCCUAAAUUUGUGAAGUUUGACGAAGAUAAGAAAACUAUGCUCAUGAAAAGAGCUGAAGCCAAGAUUGACUCUUUUAAAAGAAAGCUUGGGUUAAAGUCCAGCCCCAUUGCUCCUAAGAAAUAUCUUAUUUUUUUGGGUAUUUACUCCUCCCUUGUUGAGAAUCCUCCCAUUGUUCAUCCCGAGGUUAGAGUCCAGUUCUUUCAGCCAGGACACAAAACGUUCAAGGUUUCUCCCGAUGCCGUGGUUCAGUGCCAUUUCCCCUCUGUUUACGAGAAUAUUCGCACACUUUGUGGGUCUUAUUUUCCCUACUAUUUGAAUUCGUUCCUUUUUGAUCAUGAUGCUCUGCACGAAAAAUCUCCCGGAAAGACCGAUGCUGACUUUUAUUUCACAGCCGAUCGGAAAUACAUUAUCAAAACUAUUCAACGCAAGGAGCACAAUACUUUAAUGGGAGAGUCUUUCAUGAGGGACUAUUACUCUCAUAUCCAAGAGAACCCAGAUACGUUAAUCCCUACCUAUCUUGGUCAUUUCACUCUUAGAACGCUUGGCAAAGACACUCAUUUUGUUGUCAUGAAGAAUUUGCUUGACACAGAUGUCAAUAUGGUCUAUGAUCUUAAAGGAAUUAAGCACAGAAACCGAUCGGGAGUUAGUAGUGUCAUUAAUGACCUCGAUAUCAAUAAAGACGGUGAUUGGCUGGAAAACCAAGAAGUAAUUCUUAUGGGAAAAGGCAAGCGAGACAAAUUUCUAAUCCAAUUAGCCUCAGAUGUUGCACUCCUUGAAAAAUAUAACAUAAUGGACUAUUCACUCUUGGUUGGUAUCCAUAGCGACCCUCAAUCAGGUAAAGUUAGACAUUCCAUGGGUAUGAUUGAUUCACUUUCUCCAUAUGGUUUGUCCAAGGCACUAAAAUCAAAUUUUAGUAGAAUCGUGCAUCGCCCUUCCUCUCUGAAUACUAUCAAUCCAAGGGAUUACGGAAAGAGGUUCCUAAAUUUCAUCGGAUCUACCGUCGUACUUGAGUGCGGGGGACCGAUGCUUUAUUAA